UUUGAGUCCAGGGGCGCCUUAGAGACCCACAGGAGGCCGUGGAUAUAUUUAGUACGUGGGCCACCCUUGAAAAGCCGUUUAAACUUCUGAAGCGGUAGGGCAGGUCCGGUCAAACCUGUUCCUCCACCCCAGUGCGGUGGAGCAAGCGAGAUCGGAAUUUGAAUCGAGUUUCUGGGAGGUGUCGUUGGAUCCCCCGCGGGCUCGUUGAGCUUCAGCCCUUAUCUGUUUACAUACCGAUUUUCUGGUGGCUUCGCCUUGGUUCAACCUGGAUGGAGAAUGUUGAGGACCUGGAAACCAGACUAUUGCUGCAGCCCUGGGCUUCUGUCACCUUUGCUGAGUCCACCCUGAUGGCCAAGGCUUAUUUUGGAGAUGCUAGCUAUGCCUUGCUCCUCUCUGACCUCUGCAGUAUGUGGUAUGAAAGGGCAGACACUCAGAUCAUACACCAGAGAUCAAAGGAUCUGAAUAAGCGACUGACAGCUCAUGCAUCCUCCUUCUUGAACCGCCUGCGCAGUCUAGUGUAUCCCCUUUUGGAAGGGCAACCAACCAGUUCCACAUCGUUCUCUUGCCAGCUCAGCCCGGGCACCCUGACUCUCCAUGUGAAGAGUGAGCUCUCAGGGCUGCCUUUCUGCUGGGAUUUUUACUGCUCAGCUGCUCCUGUUGAGAUGAUAUCCCGUCACCUUGUGCAACCCCUGAUGGCAAUGAGCCUGGCAUUGCAGAGUCAGGUGCGGGAGUUGUCAUCCUUGCUGGUCCAGAAGGAUGUAGAGAUAGAAGAUUACCGGGAGAGUGGAGCUGCUCUUAGUCGAGAACGUCUGAAAACAGAACCUUUCAAGGAAGAAUCCUUUCUGCAGAUGUUUGAGGCCAAGACACUGCCCCAAGUCUGUUGCCUGGGAGAUGGGCACUUGUUCACUUCCAACCUAAAGCAUCUCUACAUGGCAGUGACCCAGCAGCAGGCCAGAGUGGUUUGCAAGCGACACCGGGAAGCAUCAGGUGAUUCUGGGUCCUUGGAACACAUUAGCACCCAGGAUUUGCCAGCUGAACCAGAAAAAGGAGAGACUGAAUCCCAGUCAGCAGCAGCGCAGUGUGCACAAAGUGCCACGGAAUUCUCCACCCAAGUCCAGAAGGCUCAAUUGCCCCUGACCAAGACCAAAAGGAAGAAGGCAAAAGGGCUGUUCGGUUGAUGCAGGUGACUCUUACACAGAGACAGAUGUGUGGUUGUUUUCUUGAAUAACCCUCCCUCUUCCUGGAACAUCUGGACUCCCACUCUAGAAUAGAGCUGUGCCACUUGGCUCCUUUUGCCAUAUUUAAACAUGGUGAUUGGAGAGUGUCCCAGCUCUCGCCGCAAGCGUCUGCUGCCCUUCCUCUGCUUAUUCUUUCACCUUUCAGUGAAAGUCUGGAGAUGGUGCAUGCAAAGCAGUAAGCAAGAAGUGGACUGGGGGCACAGCAUGGACAGUGUUAAAAAGCCAAAUGGUGAGAGUCACCUGAGCUCCCGCACCUCUUUUGCCACUAGAAUUUGCAAACUUCUCAGUAAUAAAGACAAUAGUCACGAAACUUGACUUCUCGGUGUAGUGUCUGCUUACAUGUGAUCCUACAUAUGAACUGGACAGUGCAGGAUUGCUUGCAUAAAUUGGAUCUGCUGGAAUCCCAACUUUAAGCUGUUUUGCAAUCUGCUGGAUGGUGGAGAAAAUUUUGCAAAUGUAUAAUCUGUGCUUGUUAAAGACUGAAGAAACAGAAGGGCUUGGGCUGGGGUUGCACUGAUCUGCUCUACUUGAUGGUUUCCAUGUUCGCCAUGUCCCUGCCCAGUGCUCUUAAUCCAUGUUCCCCUUCCCCAGAACAUGUUUUCUCUCUUUCCUUGCACUUCUCCACUCUCCUCUUGCCAAAAUACUCUGCAAAGGCACAAAUAUAAAAUGAAAAUAAAUUCUGCCGAUUCAAGCAUAGUUAGCCUACUUUACCGUGGGCUCUCCAUUGGUCUGUUCUUGUUGCAGAAUGUUACUUUUUCAGCACAAAAUAUACUGGAAAAGUGUGACAAUGAUACUUACGGUACAUUUACAGCUUAUGGUGAGAGAUUAUCUCUAUCUUGUCUUUUCACACAGAAGUGUAGCCCAAGAUGUUUAGAUGUCUGUGGCAGAAAAUCCAAAUGUCAUGCCAAUCGUGGUAAAUGUAUAAUACUUCACUGAACAAUUAAUGUGUUUAAAUUAAAUUGA